CUCCGUUUAAUGCUCACACCCAUCUCUAGGCCAUCCAGAUUCAUUCAGAUCAUACAAUUACAACCGUUCAAUUUUACGUAUCACAAAACCGACGACAUCAAAACCUGCCACGUAAUGAACGUACCCCUGAAAAGAAACCAAUAAGAAUGUAGCAAAGAGGAGCAGGAAGAAAAAGAAAACAGAACGCCAUUAAACACUCACCUUCCUAAAAAAUUCUUCUUCUGAAGUACCAUGAGAAAGUUCAUAUAAAGUUGGUAACUUUAUCAAAAUUCAAUCAAUUUGAAUCAGCCCCGAGUUUUCAAUUUUGGGUUUCUAAUAAGUGAUUUCUUCGUUUAUAGUUUUACAAGAUGAAGAAAUUUAUAGGGGUUUUGGUAUUUAGGGUUUUUUAUAUGAUGAUGUUAAUGUCAUUAACAAUGGCUAGAUUUGUUGUAGAAAAGAAUAGUUUAACAAUAACAUCACCAGAUAGUAUUAAAGGAACUCAUGAUAGUGCUGUUGCGAAUUUUGGUGUUCCUCAGUAUGGAGGUAGUAUGGCUGGUACAAUCGUUUAUCCUAAAGAGAAUCAAAAAGGUUGUAAUGAAUUUGAUAAGAUUUCAUUUCAUAAGAACUCUGCUGGUGGGCUUCCUCAGUUUGUUUUGCUUGAUCGCGGAGAUUGUUAUUUUACUUUGAAGGUUUGGAAUGCGGAGAAAGCCGGGGCAUCUGCAGUGCUUGUUGCGGAUGAUGUCGAUGAGCAAUUGAUAACAAUGGAUUCAUCUCAAGAUGGUGGUGCAUCUGCAAAGUUCAUUGAAAACAUAACUAUACCAUCUGCUCUUAUUACCAAGGAUUUUGGUGAGAAGCUGAAGAAGGCGAUUAGUGGUGGCGAUAUGGUUAAUGUGAACUUAGACUGGAGAGAAGCUGUUCCUCAUCCCGAUGAGCGUGUAGAAUAUGAGCUGUGGAGUAACAGUAAUGAUGAGUGUGGUCCUAAAUGUAAUAUGUUGAUGGAAUUUGUCAAGGAUUUUAAAGGUGCUGCGCAGAUUCUUGAGCAAGGAGGUUAUACAUUGUUUACGCCGCAUUAUAUAACUUGGUACUGUCCUCAGGCGUUUACGUUAAGCAAGCAGUGUAAGUCUCAGUGUAUUAAUCAUGGAAGGUACUGUGCGCCUGAUCCUGAACAAGAUUUCAGUGAAGGGUAUGAAGGAAAGGAUGUGGUUGUUGAAAAUUUGAGACAGCUUUGUGUGUUUAGAGUAGCAAAUGAGACUAAGAAACCUUGGCUCUGGUGGGAUUAUGUAACUGACUUUCAAAUACGGUGUCCUAUGAAGCAGAAAAAGUACAACAAAGAAUGUGCGGAUGGUGUUAUCAAAUCUCUCGGCCUCGACACUGGAAAGAUUGAGAAGUGUAUGGGAGAUCCAAAUGCCGACUCUGACAAUUCUGUCUUGAAAGAAGAGCAGGAUGCACAAGUUGGGAAAGGAUCCAGAGGUGAUGUUACUAUACUCCCUACCAUUGUAAUUAACAACCGACAAUAUCGAGGAAAGUUAGAUAAAGGUGCUGUUUUGAAAGCCAUUUGUUCUGGUUUUCAAGAAACUACUGAUCCAGCUGUUUGUCUAAGCGGUGAUAUAGAGACAAAUGAGUGUCUGGAUAAUAAUGGUGGUUGCUGGCAAGAUAAGGCAUCUAACAUCACUGCCUGCAAGGAUACAUUUCGUGGGAAAGUGUGUCAGUGUCCCUUGGUUGACGGUGUGCAGUUCACAGGAGACGGUUAUAGCCACUGCACAGCAAGUGGUCCAGGGCGGUGUAAGAUUAAUAAUGGGGGAUGUUGGAAAGAAACUCGUGAUGGACUGACAUCUUCUGCUUGCGUGGUUGGUGAUAUCUUUCAUUAUGAAAGUAUGGGUGAUACAUGCCACUGUCCGCAUGGGUUCAAAGGUGACGGUGUCAAAAGCUGUGUAGAUAUUGAUGAAUGCAAAGAAAAGACAGCUUGCCAGUGCCCCGAAUGCAGCUGCAAGAAUACAUGGGGAGACUAUGAAUGUACCUGUAGUGGAGGACUCCUGUACAUGAAGGAUCAUGACACUUGCAUAAGUAAGAGUUCUAGUGGAGCAAGGUCGGCCUGGACUGCUUUUUGGAUCAGUUUCGUAGGCUUAGCUAUGGCUGCCGGUGGAGGCUAUCUAGUUUACAAAUAUAGAUUAAGAUCGUACAUGGAUUCAGAGAUUAGAGCAAUCAUGGCACAAUAUAUGCCAUUGGACAGUCAAGUAGAGAUAGCAACUCACUCCAGUGAGAAUCACGCCUAAAAAGUGAUCUCUCCUGUCAAUUUUCUACAAUCAACAAAAUUUGGUGAUGCAGUUCUAUUUACAACUCUGCAUCCGUCCGUAAGGAAGUCAUCCUUCUCUCCCAAGUGUGGGGCAUCUAGUUUCCUGAUAAGACUGGACCCUGAAAGAUUGCGUGGAGAUUUAAUUAGGUCAUAGUGAUGAGAUGAGCCGAACAGUUGCUGGAUUCCAGUUGUAGUGGUCUCGGCUCAGUAUGGAACUCAUCUAAAGAGCAUUUGUAUUUCAUGUAUAGCUUUUGGUUACGUAUGUACAGUUUGCAAUAUCCUGUACUUUCUCAUUAUUUAUAUGAAAAUCCUUUACUUAUUCGGAUAA